AUGUCGGCCACAAGUGGUGUAGCCCGCCGGGAUGAGGACGAGGUCUGCCCUGUCUGCAAAUCCUCACGAUAUCUCAACCCGAACAUGCGAUUCCUCAUCAAUCCGGAAUGCUACCACAAGAUGUGCGAGUCCUGUGUGGAUCGGAUAUUCUCGUCUGGCCCAUCCAGCUGCCCUGUAGCUGGAUGUCGGAAAACCCUGCGCAAAAACAAGUUCCGCCAGCAGACAUUCGAGGAUAUCGGGGUGGAGAGGGAGGUUGAUAUUCGACGCCGAGUGAUGCAAGUAUUGAACCGCCGAGAAGAGGAGUUCGACUCGAAACGCGCCUAUGACGAUUUUCUCGAGCAACGCGAAGAGAUUAUAGCCAACCUAGUGUCCGGCAUCGACGUGGCCAAAACCGAGUCAAAGCUGAAGAGAUAUGCGACGGAUAAUGUGCAGUCAAUCCGGACGAAUCAAGCUUUGGAGGCUGAGGAAUCGCAGUCGUUCCAGGCACGGAUGACUCUAGAGCAAGAGGAAGCACGGCUGCGGCGACAGGCGGCGCGCGAAGAAUAUGAGAAUGAGCGACGCGAGAUGCAGGCCGGGCGAAACGAUUUUCUCCUGCGUCUGGCUGCCGGUUCGCCAGCCGAUGCAGCCGCCAUCGCACGUGAAGGUCAUAAGGUACUUCUCAAGAAAUCGUCUGCUCGACGCAGCGAGGAAGACCGUAUCCGCCAAAAACAGGCUGCUUUACGUGGCACGGACAUCAAACGCACCGCUGGUCUACUCAAUACGGCCGACACUGCCGGCACCGCUGAUACUGGACUCGUCAAGGGUCUCCGCAAGAUCAAGGCGCCUGAGCCCGAGAAGCCCUACGAUCCAUUCGCCGGCAUGGUCCCAGAGAAGCACGACUACUACACACUUCAGGAUUACUACCCCUCCGCGUUUCUGGAUAAGAUUCGCAAGGAUAUGCGCAUGCAGGCUGGUGGUUAUGACCUGCGCGAAUACUACUCACGCUCCUUGAUGGAAGCCUUCGCAGGCCUCGGCGUUUCCGUCGCGGAAGAGCUCGCACAGCGCGAUGCUACCUCCAUCCAGGGUCGGUCGAAGGCAGCGUCGACAGAGGGCGCUGCUAUGGCUGCCGUGGAAAAUCCUGUUGCUAGUGAAAACGCGGCCUGA